CCCUAAUUGGAAUUAUAAAAAUUGUUGUUGUGCAUUCUUGAAAAGCAUUGUUGCAUCACAAACGAUUCCAAAAAUUGAACAUACCGUUGUAAUAACUUUAGACAAAACUAGAUUCGAUUUGCAUGUGCCAUUAUCACUCGAUGAACGCGAGAACCAAGUCAACAUUAAUAGUAAUCAUAGCAUUGGAUCUAGUAAAAUUUUUAAAAAAUCAUCGAUACCAACUAUUCCAACCAUUAAAACCAACACUAUCAAAUAUUCACCUACGGAUGACUCUCCGAAAAAACCACGACAACGAUUAACACGUUCACAAAGUUUUAAAGAAUUAAAUUCUCAGAAUAGUGAUACUUUAUCACAAACAAGUAGUAAUAGUAGUGGUGGAAAAAAAUCAAAAAUUUCACCCCACAUAAUUCCAACAGAGAAACUAGACUUUUCUAAUGUCAGACCACGUGUAGGUUCAUUGGAUAACGCAAAAUACAUACCAAAACCAAGUGAAAUAAAAAUCUUUUCAGAAAGACCAAACUUAUCCAAAAUUGGUUCAAGAAUAGGUUCAUUAGAAAAUAUUGACCAUAUUCCUAAAGGAGGUGACAAGAAAAUUCAAACAGUUAAAAUCGAUUUUUCCGAAGUAAGUCCACGAGUUGGCUCAUUAGAUAACAUUAACCAUAUUCCGAAAGGAGGUAAUAAGAAAAUUCAAACAGUUAAAAUCGAUUUUUCCGAAGUAAGUCCACGAGUCGGUUCAUUAGAUAACAUUAAUCAUACACCACAAGGUGGAGAUAAGAAAAUUGAAUCGAUUAAAUACGACUUCUCCAAUGUUUCUCCUCGAGUUGGAUCAUUAGAUAACAUUAAUCAUACACCACAAGGUGGAGAUAAGAAAAUUACAUCAGUCAAAGUAGAUUUUACUAAAGUUCAUUCACGAGUUGGAUCGUUAGAUAACAUAAAUCAUACACCAAAAGGUGGCAACGUUAAAAUAUUUUCUGAAAAACCAAGUUUCAAUCACGUGCAACCACGUGUCGGUUCUCUAGAUAAUAUUGAUCAUGUUCCUGGCGGUGGAGAAAAAUAUGUUCCACUUAAAAUAGCUCCAAAGGUGCCAUUGUCAGCUAUUAAAUCUAAAAUUGGUUCUCUUGAUAACAUUCAACAUACUCCUGGUGGAGGUGACAUCAAGAUAUUUUCACGAAAAUUGAAUUUCCGUGAUGUUUCUCAAAAAAUUUGUGCGAGAACCAAUAAAUCUAAUAGAUCCAAUAGUAAUAUUAGUAAUGAAGGUUCAGUUGAAAAUGAUGAUAAUUAUCGAUCUGAAAUCGUAUAUAGCCCUGUUUCUUCACUUGCUUUGGAUGAAUCUCUUGAAGUUAAUAGCCCACCAUCUGACCCUCUUUCGGACUCCAAUACACCUUUAACCAAAGUUUUACCACCUAUUAUUGAAAAUAUACAUACUGAAGAGAUUAACGAAGAGAUUAAUGAAGAUGAUUAUAAUGAUGAACCUGGAUAUCAUCAAAUAUUGGAAUCAGCAAAACAAUUUGAUGAACCUUACGAAGAUGAUGAUGAUGAUAAACCAGAUGAAAUAUUACAAAAUUCUCAACUUAACGACACAGAUUUGGAUUUUGCAGUUAAUAUUCAAAGAAAGACGUUACUUUUAGCCACAGAAGCUAAUCUAUCAAAAGUUGAAAUACCAUCUGAUAAUCCGGAAUCGCCUGCGAAUCCAGAGUUGACUAUUGAUGAGAAACGAGAUUAUGAUGCAUCUUGGCUAUAA